UCUACACUCCACAGUCCACAGUCCUACCGGGAGAUGGCAUCAACGUGUACCUCGGUCUUCGCCCUCGGCGUGCUCGCCACCGCCCUCCUCGCCGCCACGGUCUACGGACAGAGGAUAACCACGAUACAGCUGGACGGCACGCAGUACUUCAUCAGCCGUAUGAACCCGUACUCUCCUGAACUCAACUACUUCCUGGCGUACCAGUACUGCCGGUCCAUCGGCCUGCAGUUGGCCAGCUUCGAGACUAAAGAGAAGGCAGACGCGAUCAUGCAAUACCUGAUAAACGCAGGUUACAACAAGUACGACUUUUGGACGUCGGGUAACCGUUUAGGUACAGACAUGAUGAUAUGGAUGUCCACGGGAUUACCGUUCAACGCGACAUUCGACUACAUGAGACACUCAGAAGAUGAUGAAUAUGAGGUUCCGAUGGCUCGACAACUCAGCGCCGUGGAGCCCAGAAAGGACAACGACACAUCGGACGGCUGCGUACUGCUACGCUCGCCGGACAUGUACUGGGACAAAGACGACUGUACCAAGAUCAGGGACUUUAUCUGCGAGCAAACGCGGUGUUACUACUACAACUACGGCUCGAUCCCCGUCUCACCUGCUCAGGGGAACCGGAUCAAAGUGACGUCACCAGCGGCUGUGAGCUCCACACCUUCCCCUCCACCCCCCACCACCAGUUCAACACCUUCCCCCACCUUCAAUCCCACCAGUGCCGAGCCCAACGUAGACACCCAGGAGUCAGAGGAUAAUGGUGAGGUCGAGGUCGACAACGAUAAUGACAACGAACCAGCAGAGGCGACCCACAACAAUGAUAUUGUCGAAGCGGACACAACGACUGAGCCAGUGCGAUCACGGUCGUCCCAACAUCGCGUCUCCCCCGACCCCGCCGACAUCCCCUGGACGUGGGCUCGGAACAUAAUGCUAGAGAAACCAGUGUUGAAGAAGUCCGCUCAACUAUGAUCGGCGAUUCCAGUGGCAUUAGAGAUAAAAGACUUUUAUUUAUGUGACUUCCUCGUAACUGAUAUUUAAGGCUAGAAUUAUUUAUGUACAAAAUGCAAAAUCAAAAUGAUUUUUUACA